CAUCAAAUCCCUCCCUGGAUUUAGGGCACAUCAAAUUCACAUCUGCCAUUUUGCACCCCCACUCACUCCACCUCACUCUCCAUGACCUCAUUUCGUUGCAUUGCUCCUUAUUUUCAUUCGUAGACUUCCUUCCACUUCCACCCCGUUGAAACUCUUUUCCCCUUGCCCAAAAAAGAGCACAAAACAAAACAAAUACAUGAAACAAACCAAACAAGUACUCACAAAAAAGUCUCCCUCCCAUCCCCUCCCCCCUUGCCCUGAUUCUCCCUCCCUUUACCAAAAAAUUCAAAACCCUAAUUUUCUCCAUCUCCCAAUCAAAUUCUCAAUUUCCUUCUCUCCCUAACAUUUUUUUGGUCUCCAAACCUGCUCUCUUUUGCUGUCUAAUCCUAUAUUUGGCUUAUUUCUCACCAAAGUGUGUAUUCAAACCCACUGUUUCUUCCCAAAAAUUUCAACAUUCUAGGGUUUCAUUGAACCUAGAAUCCACUCCAAGCCAAAUUUUGUACCUGCUCCAAUGAUCUGAAAAGUCGCUGUUUGUAUUGAAACAGCGAGACAUACAGUAGCAAUGUCGGACGACAUGCUAAUUCAUUUCUCGUCCAACUCCUCUAACCAGUCGGACCAGUCCCUGCCCACCAAGAUUGCCAAGCUCGAGGCCCGCAUGGUCAGCAAGGCCUCCUCGGCCCCGCCGGCUCAACAGCAGCAGCAACAGCCGCCACCACCGCCGCCACAGCAGCAGCAGCCAGCUUGGGCCUCUGUCUCUUCGGGGGCGGCUGCCAAGUUUGGAGGAACCGAGGAGUUGGCCGAGCCUUCCAGUUCGAGUGACUCCGACUACGAUAAUGGAGGAGGGUUUCUAAUACAAGCCAACCCACAGAAGCGCCAGAAACUUCAAGAAGAUGACAACUCGACUGUUUUUGAACGUGUUGAGAAUGGAGGGGAGUUUCUAAUACAAGCCAAUGCUCAAAAGGGCCAGAAACUUCUAGAAGAUGAUAACUCGACUGCAUUUGAGCAUGUUGAGGCAGUGGCUGAUGGGCGGCAAAUGGUUGUUGAAACCAUGGAAUCUAAGGUCAUUUCUGAAGUAAGUAGGAAAAAACCAGGUCGUGGAAGGGGGCACUCUGUUUCAGGUCGGGGGCGCAAUGCUAGAAUUAAUGAUCAGAUAAGAUCACAAAAUUCUUCGACUGUUUCACCUUCAAAUGGCCAGUUUGAGAACUCAUAUCUUAAGGAUAGCAGGCCCAAAGAGCAGUUUCGGAAUGAUAGUCGCUCUCCAUUAGAGGAGGAGGUUGCAUCUUUACGGGCAAAAGUUGCAGCACUAGAGGAGGACUUGCGAAAAUCACGUCAAGAGGCCUCUGAUUAUCAAAAUCUUUGUCGCCAGUUAGAAAAGGAACUGAAGGACCUCAAAGACUAUGAACAACAAAUGAAGCCUAAGAGAACAAAAAUAAUAUCUGAUCUGUUGAUAGCUGUUUCAAAAGCUGAGAGACAGGAAGCAAGGCUGAAGGUGCGGCAGGACUCUUUGAGACUUGGUAAUGUGGGCGUAAUCAGAGCUGGAACCGUCAUAUCAGAGACAUGGGAAGACGGACAAGUGCUAAAAGAUCUCAAUGUUCAUCUAAAGCAAUUACUUGAAGCGAAGGAGACCGUUGAGCGGCAGCGGAAAACAUUGAAGAAAAGACAGUCUGAUAAGGGCGAUACAGUUGAUGCUGAAACAGGAGUGCAAGAAGAAGAUUUUCUCAUCCAAGAUGAGAUCUAUAAAUCCCGUCUAGCCAGCAUCAAACGUGAGGAGGAAGUUAUUAUGCGUGAGAGGGAUCGGUAUGAACUGGAGAAGGGAAGGCUCAUUCGUGAAAUGAAACGCAUACGAGAUGAGGAUGGUUCCCGUUUUAAUAAUUUUCAGAUUCUUAACCAUAGAUAUGCCCUUCUAAACCUUCUUGGGAAAGGAGGAUUCAGUGAGGUUUACAAGGCUUAUGACUUGGUAGAGCAUAGAUACGUUGCAUGUAAGCUUCAUGGUUUGAAUGCUCAGUGGAGUGAAGAGAAGAAGCAAAGUUACAUACGGCAUGCAAUUCGGGAAUACAAUAUUCACAAGACCUUGGUGCAUCAUCACAUUGUUCGGCUUUGGGACACUUUUGAGAUUGAUCAGAAUACAUUCGGCACUGUCUUGGAGUACUGUAGUGGUAAAGAUCUUGAUGCUGUUCUUAAAGCAACACCUGUAUUACCUGAGAGGGAAGCAAGGAUAAUUAUCGUACAGAUAUUUCAAGGCCUUGUAUACUUGAACAAAAGAACGCUGAAAAUUAUCCAUUAUGAUUUGAAGCCUGGAAAUGUUCUAAUUGAUGAGUUUGGCGUUGCAAAAGUGACUGAUUUUGGCCUUAGCAAGAUAGUGGAAGAUGACGUAGGAUCCCAGGGUAUGGAACUUACAUCACAGGGAGCUGGAACAUAUUGGUAUUUGCCUCCUGAAUGCUUCGAGCUCAGCAAGACACCUCUCAUAUCAUCAAAGGUUGAUGUUUGGUCAGCUGGUAUUCUGUUUUACCAAAUGCUUUUUGGCAGACGUCCUUUUGGGCAUGACCAGACCCAAGAGCGAAUACUGCGUGAAGACACAAUUAUCAAAGCACGCAAGGUUGACUUUCCUUCUAGACCUGCUGUCUCAAAUGAGGCAAAGGAACUAAUUCGGCGAUGUCUAACAUAUAACCAAGCAGAGAGGCCAGAUGUUUUAACUAUUGCUCAAGACCCAUAUCUUACAUACUCAAAGAAGUAAUAAUGUACAGACACAACUAAAGGAGUCAACAGGGCAGGAAGUCAGUCUCCUUUGUUCAACAUUGAAUGGAGAAAUUUACGGCAAUACCUGUUUGGAAUUUUGUAUAGUUUGUAAAGGUUGUCGUUACUGGUUACCGGCUUUGUAGCAGGGUGUGUCUCCCGUGAUCCAGGUGAAGUGUCCGGGGUUUUGAUUACUGUUGUAAUUUUCCCUGCUCUUUUCUUACAUAUAAGUCUUUUUUUCUGUU